AUGAUACCUAAAAACAUGUUACUGAAACGUUCAUGUCCAAUGCUUUUGCAAAUUGCUGAAGCCCACCGAAAGCCUAGAUGGUUACCUGUAGCUAAAAGUAAAAUAUAUCGUAUUCCCAAAAGACCAAUAAUAUCCGAAGAAGAACGCCUUGAGCUAUUACGGAUAAAUAAUAAUUAUAAAACACAAAUGCGUGCAAUUCGACGUUUUUAUCACGAAGAAAUGAUUAAAGAAAAAUCAUCACUCGAGAGUGCUAGUUCCGAAAUGUCCCAGCGACUUGAGGCGGAAGAAUGGGAAAAGUGUGUACAAAUUAACGAAAAAUGGAAUAUUCAAGUUGCUGCAGAAAGAGAAGAAAGAAGGAAAGAGGAAUUGGCAGCAAUGGAAGAAUAUGCAUUUAAGAGAAUGGAAGCUAAGGACAGAGAAUUAGAAGUGAGAAUAGCUAAGGCAUCUGAAGAAAUUAAAAAACAAAAGGAGUUAAGUACAACAUUUAUCACUGCAGAGAACCUUGAAUCGGCAAUCGAUCAUGCUUUAGCUAACCCAGUGGAUUACAACUAUGCAAUUGAUUUAAAAGGCAAUAUAUUUACUGGUCGAGAGACACCUAUAGUCAAAGAAAAAAAUGUUAAAGAAGUUACUGCU